AUGCUUAAACACAGCCUGUUAGUCGCCUUGUUGCUGGCCACAGCCACCCUCGGCUGUGCGACACACGAUUACCACGCGCAAUUGGCAAAGCGACAAGACGGAGGCAGUGGAGGCAACUCAUCAACUGGUCCGGAAGCCAGCGACUGGAGCUAUGAUGCAUCCUUUGACUGGGGACGUGUGAGCGCCGAGUACGAACUUUGCCAAGCUGGGACCCAGCAGUCCCCAAUCGCGCUCAGCCUCAACAACGGCCUCUCGCUGAACCACAUCCCUACGUUCAACUAUCCCAACGAGACGGUGGGCAGCUUCUGGAACUGGGGAUACGGCCCUGCCUUUACGGUGCAGCACGCCGAGGGCGUCUAUACCGACAACCCUUCAUUGACCUACGAUAACGAGACGGUCUACCUGACCGGCUGGCACAUCCACACCCCGGCUGACCACUCGGUGAACAACUACCGCACCCGAGCUGAGCUGCAUCUCGUGCACGUCGACGCUGAGGGUCACGAAAAAGCCGUCCUUGCUAUCAUGCUGGACCCGGGCAACACCAACGACGCCUUCGUGAGCCAGUUCCCCUCACCGCUCAUCAGAUUCAACGACACAGCGAGAAUGGACGUCACACUGUCCUUGUCAGAAGCCCUGUCGAGUGUGGCGAGGUUCAACGAGUUUUGGUCAUAUGAGGGUAGCUUGACGAGCCCUCCUUGCCACGAAGGAAUUCGCUGGUUUGUGGCAAGACAGGUGAUGUUCACAAGCAAUGAGCAAAUGCAGAAGAUUCUGGCUGCAAGCACGUACAGCGCCAGAGAAGAACAAAUGGUCUGGCAGCACAGAAUCAACGAGUAA